AUGCCUUUAGAACCAUCUCGUUAUCAGGACAAAAGGACCUGGAAAAUGACGCCGGCUAUGAUCAGGGCAAGACAGCCAUUUUUUGCCAAGAAUAUGGUUGGUCUCGUGGGAUUGCUUGCUGUGACCGGUGGUGUCUAUUUCUACACCUACAAUUUUCUUCAUAAAGAUAACGAUUUUGCUGAGGUACCAAUUCCACCAGUUAGUGAGGAAGAAUUGAAGCAACUGAAAAAAGAAUACGAGUUGAAAAAACGAUCUCAUUCUGAUUGA